UAUAUUCUAUUUGUUUGGUCUGGGAUCGGGACUGUUAGUUGUCACUCAUGGCUUCACUGCUUCGCUUGAAGAAGCUCAAGCUUACCCUUGUUGUGCUCUCCUCCACUCUUCUGCUGCUCUUUCCUCCCAUUCCAGCUGCCGAUGUCAAAUACUGCGAUAAUAACAUUGACUACGCUGUGAAGGUCCAUGGAGUCAAGAUUUCUCCUGAUCCUGUGGUAAUAGGCAAGCCAGCCACCUUUAACAUAUCAGCCUCAACAGGUCAAGAUAUCCCUGGGGGAAAAGUAGUGAUCAAAGUUUCUUAUUAUGGACUGCACGUUCAUACAGAAACCCACAAUCUGUGCGAGGAGAUUUCCUGCCCUAUUGCAGCAGGAAACUUUGUGCUCUCCCACUCACAAACUUUACCUGCAUUUGCUCCACCUGGCUCCUACACUCUUAAGAUGACAAUGGAAGAUAAACAUCAAUUGUUGACUUGUAUAAGCUUCAAUUUCAAAAUCAGCCUAUUUUCUGUCUCUGCUGAUUAAGUGCUCGAACCCAUGUUCCGUGCACCCAUUCCCGAGUAGCUUGCGACUUGGCGAGGACGUAGUGUGGUUUCUAUGAUGUAUUGACUUGAGUUAGUAAAGUACACAAAAAGGGGAGAUUAUAUAUGUCCAGAGUAAUGAAUUACAUAGAAACCCGCUGUAAAUAUAUUGUAUGGCUGCCUACUCUAGGACAAGUUGAUAUAUAAAUAAAUUAAAUAAUUGGAAUGUAAGAAGCUACACAUAACAACCUAGACCACUAGUGAUACCGAAAUGGUAUUCUAUUGCAUUUGUUGUA